GUUUGACGUUUGGCCGAUGACGACGACGCUUCAUUUCUGUGUUUUCUCGUCUACUGACUAUUGGCUAUUUUGUAGCUCUGUAAAUGUUUCGUGUUUUAGAUUUGUUUUAUUCAAUUGAAUUGUCUAAAUUUGUGUUUGUUAGACCAAAUCCAAGCAAAUAUUUAAAAAAAAUUGAAUUUUGGUCAUCAAAAACGUCGAGCAAUUGAAAUUCGUUCAAAAACUGUGGAAUUGUAACGCAAGAGACGUCAGAAUCUCGCAAUCAGCAACGAUGAAUUCGAAUUCGCGCAGACGUUUGGCCAGAUACUGGUCGAACAUUGAGAUAGAAACCAAGGAAACGCUACAAUCGGUCAAAGAAGACUUUCAAAGUAGCGGCAUGUCGUUUGAUAGCAAAUUCAAAGAAUUUUUUGUGCGAGUGACAAUUGAUCGCGUCACACGAUUGUUCACUGAAUGUGAAUUGGAAGAGCAGUACAUUGGCGUUCGACCUAUUCAGGCAGCAGUCAACCAAAAUCCAAUCAACACGACGACUGCCAAAACAAACGGCGAGACAGGAAUCAUGAUCAGUCAACUGACGGCUAACCCAAUUCCAACCGAGAUGUACGUUCCAAGCGACGCAUCACUCGUAUCGUUCCUGGCCAAACAUACUGACCCAAACAAUGUUACUUCGACGAUCGAAGCAAUGUUUGGAAAUGUAUCGGUGCCAGCUUCUCAAAGUGACCAGACUCCAUUGAUUGGUGUGAAUGGAAGUGACCAGAAUAAGGAUGCCAAUGGAAAUUACUUGACGCCAAAAGAGAAUGACGUGAGACCAACUGUAGAUACCACUGAAUUGGCGAAUGGAAUGAUGGCCAAUCGUUCGAUAAUCGAUCCAAUCGUACCAGCUUUGAUUGCACAACCGAAUACUGCUGUGGAUUGGCCUCAAGAACUGCCCACUUCGACUCCAUUCCAUGGCUUGGUCGAGGAAUCCGAAACGAACGCUUCAAGCUGUGGGUCGUUCCAGCGAUUCUCAUCAUUUUUGGACAGAAAUAUCGAUCCAAACGAUGUCACAUCGACGAUCAACGUAAUGCUUGGCAACGCAUCAAUGAUAACGGCUCAAAUCGAUCAGUCUCAAGCGACUGAUGCGAUUGAAAAUGGGCCAAACGAUGCCAACAAUGGAAUUGGCAUCGUCGAAACAGCGAAUAUAACGACACCACCCGAUUCAACUGGACCAGAGUUCAGUGAUUUGGCCGACAUCAACUCGAUGAAUGCUCCAGAGAGCGAAUCAAACGACGCCCAACUGCCGAAUGAAACGGUUUUUGGUGGGUCUAUUGACAUUGACGAUGAGAUUUCGGCUGAUGAACAAGCUGCAUCGAGUACACGAAGCAACGAAUCAACCAACCAAGUGACAGAAUGCACGGAUUUGACCUGUGAAGAUGUCCAACCAUCGUCAGAAGGCGCCAGCCAUCACAUCGAGCGAAAUGGUGUGCGACAAGGAGGAAAGCAGCGACGAAAAAGGAAAAUUGCUCAUGCAACGACGUCGGAUGGAAGUGCGAAGAAGAAACGAAUUACGGGCACACGAUCGACACUGAAAACCAUUCCGGAAUUGAAUUCAGAAGUGGCAUUGAUUGACCUGACAUUGAACGAGAUCGAGAGUACUGAACAAGCGAGCAGUACGAGCAGUCAGCCAGUCCAAGAGGAAGGUACUGACUCGAGUGGAGCUGAAAGUCAAAGUGUAUCGACAUCGAACGCGAGACAUGUAGCAAGGAAUAACGGCGGCAUUGUCAAACGUGGAGGUGAAAAUGGGUCGAAUGGACUUAAGUAUGCAUUUUGUAAACACAUAGCUUCACAAAAAUCGAAUUUGACUAGACACGAACGCAUACACACUGGCAAAACGCCAUUCAAAUGUAUAGUUUGUGACAGAGGAUUUACUCGCAAAGAUCGUCUUAUUGGACACAUGGGAACCCACACGAAUAAAUUCCCGUUCCAUUGUCCGAUUUGUCGUCAAGGAUUCAAGCUGAAGGAGGAAAAGGAAACGCAUGAAAAAGACUGCAACGUACGUCGAUAUGAAUGCUAUUUUCGCGAGUGCGGGUUUUACCAUUUCAACAAAUCAGAUUUAGUCAGGCAUAUGCGCAUUCAUACCGGAGAGAAACCAUUUCGUUGCUCCCAUUGUUCACAACGAUUCACUCAAAAAGGUGUUUUAAAUCGACAUUUCAAACGUCGCCACAAUAAGACCAAAUGUGUCGUUGAGAAUAAAAAUGGGAUUAGCCGAAACCGCGUGUUUUUAUGCGAAUCAUUUUUGUGUUUCUGGUACAAGAUAUGGGGCAAGUAUCUCAAGCAAAGAUAAAGAUCUUGAAAUAUUCUAAAACAUUGCAGCAGACAUAUGUCUUCUAUCUCUUACCAGGAACACAAAAAUGAUUCACAUAUAAAUGAGCGGUUUCGGCUAAUCCCAUUUUUAUUCUCAACGACACAAAUGAUUUUAUGCAACGCGUUUCGAAGACGUUCCAUCGUCGAGAGAUGUCUAGAGACACAUUAGUUUUUGUGAUUGUAUCACAUUCAGAAAUGUAUGUUUCCCGUGUGAAAAAAUAGUAACUGAGCAGUCAGUUAACUAAUUUGGGACAAAAAUGACUUACUUUGAUUGACAUUUCAGUACAAAGUGUAGUGUAAGUCUAUCAUAGUUAACUGAAAUCAUUUGAAGUUACAAGUCAAUCUAAGUUGCUUCAUUUGGGACCAAGUGAUUUUCUUAGAACAAAAAUAUAAAUUCAAUCAACUAAAGUCAACUGAAGUUAUAGUCAGUCAGUCAUUUCUUUUUCACACGGGUUAUCACUUGAUUGUGCGUAGAAAAGAAGAAUCUCAUAAUUUGUACGAAUAUUGAUGAAAAUCAGCUCGAAAAUGUUGUGAUUUAGCGUGUUCAAUAGAAUAAAACGGACUUAGAAUUAAGUUUCACAUACAGAAAUAUCCAAAUUGAAGUAUUGUGACAUAAAACAUUUGUUGUUCGUUAAUAAAAUGAUAGAAAUUACUCGA